GGCAGAGUUGAAGAAGAGCGAGGAAAGAGAGGACGGCGGCAGCACCGAGGGUCACAGGGAUGUACAGCAAACACAGGCAGAAAAAUGCGCACACAUCGCCGGCACCGUGCGGACGUGUGCUCGCUCUGCUGUGCGUCCUGGUGCUGAGCGGCGCGGCGGGCGCAGCCAGCGGACACGCCGGAGACCGAGAACUGCACCAGGGAAGGACAGUGAAGGUGCAGUGGAUUUCUCAAGGUCGAGCCAAGAGGGACACAGAGACCGCCACAGAGGAGGAGCACCCAGCCAGAGGAGACAUCUUGCUCUCGUCCAGUGAUCUCCAACUGGUGCUACAAGUGGAACGUAAUUGCGAGCUCUUGGGUCAAGACUUUACAGAGACCUACUACACAGAGGAUGGGCAGCCUGUGACUAUGACCAAUCACAAUUACACUGAUCACUGCUUCUACCACGGCCAUGUAAGAAGACAUCCAGAUUCCUGGGUUGCACUCAGCACGUGCUCUGGAGUCAGAGGUCUGAUAUCACUGAAUUCUACUGACACCUACUACCUGGAGCCAAUCAGCAGUACGGAUCCUGUCUACCACUCACUCUUGAGUACUGAGGACCUGCCAAUUAAAGGUGGAAACUGCGGCCACAUGCAUCACGCCACACAGUCCAACCUCAUCUCUAACCUGCUCUCCUCAUUUCAUUCAAGGGUUAAAAGGAACACCUGGGGCACAACUAAAUACAUAGAGCUGUACAUUGUGGCUGACAACACACUGUUCAAACAGCAAAAUAAAGACUAUGGGAAGACCAAGGCGAGGAUAAUGGAAAUUGCCAAUUACGUGGAUAAGUUCUACAGGGCUCUGAACAUCCGCGUGCCUCUCAUUGGUCUGGAGGUUUGGACCGACAGAGAUCAGUGCAUUAUCACCGAGGAGCCAAAUGCCACCCUUUGGUCUUUUCUCCAGUGGAGACAGAAGCUGAAAGCUCGCAAGAAGCACGAUAAUGCUCAGUUACUCACAGGCGUGAUAUUCAAGGGGACGACGAUCGGCAUGGCGCCACUGGAGGGGAUGUGCAGCCUAGAAAACUCUGGAGGCAUCAACGUGGACCACUCGGAGCUGUCCAUUGGUGCCGCAGCCACCAUGGCCCACGAGAUUGGACACAACUUUGGCAUGAGCCACGAUCACGACGGCUGCUGUGUGGAGGCCACUGCUGAUCAGGGAGGCUGUGUGAUGGCUGCUGCCACCGGGCACCCGUUCCCUCGAGUCUUCAGUCACUGCAGCAAACGCGACCUGGACAGCUAUUUCCAGAAGGGUGGGGGCAUGUGCCUCUACAACAUGCCCAACAUGAAAGACCUGGUGGGGGGCAAGAAGUGUGGCAAUGGCUUUGUGGAAGAUGGAGAAGAAUGUGACUGCGGAGAACCAGAUGAAUGCGACAAUGACUGCUGCAAUGCCAAUAACUGUACCCUGAAGGCCGAGGCCCAGUGUGCCCACGGAGUCUGCUGCGAGGGCUGUAAAUUGAAGCAGGCAGGCACCAUGUGCCGGGGCCCAGCGGGGGCAUGUGACCUGCCAGAAUACUGCACCGGGGCCUCUCCUUACUGCCCCGCCAACGUUUACCUGCUGGAUGGCACCUCCUGUCAGUACGGAUUGGCCUACUGCUACAAUGGCAUGUGCCUCACCCACGAACAGCAGUGCCUGCAGCUCUGGGGUUACGGAGCUCGACCGGCCCACGACGCCUGCUUUGAAGAUGUCAAUGCAGCAGGAAACGCUUUUGGAAACUGUGGGAAAGAUGAACACGGCAACUAUGUGAAGUGUGAGAAAAGGGAUGCCAAGUGUGGGAAGAUUCAGUGCCACAGUGCUGCCAAAAAGCCGAAAGGCACCAACGCUGUGUCCAUCGACACGACCAUCAAGACGGGAGGCAUCGAGGUGAAAUGCCGCGGCACGUACGUCUACAGUACCCAGGACGGCCAGGGCGACCUGCCCGACCCGGGCCUCGUCACGACCGGCACCAAAUGUGGAGAGGGCAAGGUGUGCAGAGACCGCAGGUGCCAAAAUGCCUCUUUUACUGAGUUGGAGACUUGUCUCGCACGCUGUCACAGCAACGGGGUGUGUAACAGCAAUGGGAACUGCCACUGUAAUCGAGGCUGGGCACCACCCUUUUGUGAGAAGCCAGGACUGGGUGGCAGUGUGGACAGUGGACCUGUGCAGUAUGACAGUCAGGUGGGUCUGGUGUCUGGGCUGCUCUUUGCCUUUUUGGUGGUCUUACCUGCAGUGCUGCUGGUCUUCUACUGCUACAGGAUCAAGACCUCCUAUUACCAUAAGUGGCUUUCCCAGAGGAAGAAGAGCACAUUAAACAAGAUGGAGGGAUCAGCGGACAGAGGGAAGAACGGCCAUCUGAAUCCUGGCUUUCACCUGAAGGUGAUAGGACCAAUCAACAAAGCUAGUGGCCACAGGGGGAUUCCUCACACCAGCAAAGAGGUCCUGCCUCUUAGACCCGGCUCUGUUCCAAAUGGCACCCAGCCAGUCAACAUAGUGCGACCUCUGAGACCUGCCUCUUCUCCUGAGAGUGGUAAACAGGCUCUGAAGGUGGUUGGACUGCCUCUGCCAACUGGCAAGCGUCCAGCGGCACGACCCAAAUCCCCACCAACACAGCACAGACUGAGUCCGCCAAAGAAACCUCUACCUCUUAAUCCAACACGAUCUCCAGUGUUGGUGUCUGAGCUGCAACCCAGACCAUCUGCAUUCCCUCCUCAGAGGCCGCUGCCCUUGAGCCCCGCCAGAGCAGCCUCCCCCACAACGCCUCCAGUCCGGACUCCGGUGUCCAAACCCCGCCCAGGCCUACUGGUCAUGAUGCCCCCAGCAACAGGACCCAAACCUGUGGGCAAAGUCUCUGCCAUCCCGCCUUUGAGAGCUCUCAGACCAGUUCCAGGUGCCAAAGUAAACACAGCCUCACAUGCACCAUGAAAAUGACCUUCUCCUGGCAGCUCCACCCUUUGAGGAGGAGGAGGGGGUGGGCGGCGGACAGCCUAUUUGCACUAAAGAGACUUUGUUGAACCACAGAGCUGUCACACAAACCAGAGGACGACAGACACAAAGCUGAAAACAGAAUAACAAACAGUACGAGGAGCAGUUCAGGCUUCAAGGUGAAAUCUUGCACUGCUCUUUCCCUCCUGGACUCUGCCCCACCCCCCAACACGGCAAGCUAACAUUGACCACAAUGAUGCGGGUGUGCACAGAGGCCUUGCAGACAAGCGUCAUUAUUGGGGGAUGAUCAAAUUUGCCAAAUUAUUUUUUAGUGUUGUCAUUUGUUUUUAAUCUGCUAUUGUUGUCUGUGUGUAAGAAAUGCAUUUUUGUAAUGACCUUUGUUUUGUUUAUAGUAUGUUUCAUGUCACAUGUUAUGAUUUAUGUUACGCGCCAAAGAGCUCUGUUCAUUCCAGGGGUGCCCCAAAAGCUUGAAAAUCAUACUUAAAGUUUACCAUGAGUCAUCUCCUCGAUACUUUUAGGUUUUCUAAUUUAUUCGAUCAGAAGAGAUCGUCUGAGGUCCAAAUCUGGAAACGCAGAUGCUGAUGAGCAGAUGGGAGAGCCAAUCACGCAGCAGCUUUUUUUAUCAACACUGUUUACAUGGCGGAGGGCUGGAGGGAGGCCCGUAGGACACACAUGGGUGGUUUUUCUUGAUUUGAAUGUUUUCU